AUGUUCUCCCGCGCUCUAAAACCCGUUGCCACUGUAGCAGUCCAGAAUGGCGCAAAGAACUUCUCCACUACAUCACAGAAAAAUUUCAAAGUGGUGGUGGCGGGUGCCUCUGGUGGUAUUGGCCAGCCUUUGGCCUUAUUGCUGAAACAGAAUCCUUUGGUCACAAAGCUUGCACUAUACGAUAUUGCGCCCGUGACCCCUGGCGUAGCCGUCGACCUUUCUCACAUGGACACGCCGGCCAAGGUCACCGGUCAUAAGGGUCCUGAAGAGCUUUCAGCCGCUAUUAAAGAUGCGGAUGUCGUGGUGAUCCCGGCUGGUGUGCCCCGCAAACCUGGCAUGACCCGAGAUGAUUUGUUCAACACAAACGCGUCCAUCGUCCGUGACCUUGCCGCCUCCAUCGCACAGAACUCACCCAAAGCCAUCGUCGCCAUCAUCACCAACCCUGUCAAUUCCAUGGUGCCCAUUGCAUCAGAGGUCCUUAAGAAGGCUGGCGUAUACGACCCAGCUAGGGUCCUUGGUGUAACUACCCUGGAUGUUGUCCGUGCUGCGGCAUUCAUCGGCGAGAUCAACGGUGUGGACCCCAGAACAGUCACCAUCCCCGUCAUCGGUGGUCACUCUGGUGUCACUAUAAUCCCAGUGCUAAGCCAAAGCCAACCCGCUGUCAAGCUGACCGACCAAGCCAAGAUCAAGGCUCUCACUGAGAGGAUACAGGAGGCUGGUACUGAGGUGGUGAAGGCUAAGGCCGGUGGCGGUUCUGCCACACUCUCGAUGGCUUAUGCUGGUGCUCGCCUCACCGGCUCAGUACUCAGGGGGCUUAAAGGCGAAAGCAACGUAGUAGAAUGCGCAUACGUCAAGUCCGACUUGACUGAGGCUGGCUACUUCGCCAACCCUGUGAUGCUCGGCAAGAACGGAGUGGAGAAGAACCUUGGUUUCGGCAAGUUGAACGAAUUCGAGCAACAACUUCUUAAGGCUGCCAUCCCUGAACUCCUUAAGAACAUCAAGACCGGAGAGGAAUUCGCCAAGAAGUAG